CUCAGGCGGUACGUCCCGCUCCUGUCCGCCUCCUUUAUGCGCCGGCUGAUGUCUCGCAUCCUCAGCCUACCCCGACGUCACCUCCGCCGAGGUACGCUUCCUCACGCUGCGCAGCGCAGCGGAGCUUUUGCGCGCCGAGAUACCGCGCGAAGCACGCGCUCGCUCCCAUGUCUCGGGCGCCGAGAAGGCGGCAAAAGAGAUGGUGAAGGAGCUCCAAGCUGCUUUGCAGCAUGGAAUAGAUGUCGGAGUCGCUUCAAACACCAAGUACACUCGACAAAUCGGACGAGGAGCGACACCCCACGUUACGGCCAAAGGGAUGGAGCCCCGGGUCCGCACCGCCAAGAUCCUGUCCGGACGCAUGUACGAACGCAUGGCUGAAGCACGCGUGAUCCAGCCCGAAGUUCGGCCUCUGCCUACACUCGACAUCGUCGAGCUGUACAAGCUGCCCGGCCGACGACGACAAGACUCACUCAGCGAACAGGACUUUUGUCGAUCCAUAGAAGCGAGCUAUGCACAGGCAAGACACUGCGCCUCGCAUUUGCGUUACGGGCUGCGAGCGUCAAACGCGCGCGAAACGGCCGCCCGAAGCGCGUUGAGAGCGCUCGAGCUCGAAGUGCUCGCGGCGCGAGAGGCGCUGAGGGAGUGUCGACGCGCCGUGGUGGCGGAGGCAGUGCGUGUCGGAGAGACGCAGUUGCUGCCGAGAGCGGAGAAGCACGGGGGGAGGGAGGAUGAGGUGGAGCAAGGAGCGAGAAGGAGAUUGAGGGAGGUGCUGAAGCAGUGCAACGAGCUGGGACGCGCGGCGGAUGUACCGCCUGAGGAUGAGGAUGGCGCGGGAUGGGACUUGCUCAUGGCCUGAGGACGCCUCCCCUUCUCUCGCCACGCGUGGAUGGUCAAUCUAUACCCUCACCAGUCCAUCAGCACGACGUAAGGGGGAUAGCGUGGGUAUGAUUGCUAUGUACUGCCAGCCCUGGCUGCGAGGGGAAAGACUACAAGACACGAUCUAGGGGCACGAACGAGGCCAGCGGGUCCGAGCGAAGGGAUCGAGACAAGAGUCAUGGAGCGCAAAGGAGGGCGAAAGGGGCAGACGCUGUGGGAUGAGUGUGCUGGCGGGCGG